UUAAGGUGUCCUCUUUUUGAUGUCAUCCUUUUUAUUUUUUCGGUGGUGAACCGUAGUCGUUAUUCACCACUCGUUAUUAUACAUUUUAAAUCAAAUUCCAAAGGAUUUUGUGUUUUGUUUCUGAAAUCCGACGGGCUACCCUUUGCACUUCAGUCAGUUUAGUGUUGAACAGUUUUUGGUCAGCAACUUACAACUAUAACAAGUGCUUCGUACGUAGUUCGUACACUUCGUUUUCUGUUGGCGUUUGGUUUGAUUCCUUUCUCUGGUGCCAUGGCUGGACGAAUGGUGGAUUCUACGCGAAUUUCGGAAAUGAAUGUCGAUAUGCCACCCGCGUACUCGAGCAGCGUUGAGGGGGAGAUGAAUUUGGCUCCAUCCACAGUGAAGUCACAGUGGGAAGACUUGAACACGUUGGAUGAACCCAUCCGAACCACUAUAUUUCGCGAUCUCAAAGCCAUUGCCCAGAAAUUUUUCCAUGUAUUGAUUCCACGGAAGAGCAAAGCUUUGCUGCGAGAUUGGGAUUUAUGGGGACCUUUGAUGCUGACGACUUUCAUUGCGAUAAUGCUGCAAGGCAAAGAAGUGGACGAUAAACACACUACUGGUCCCGAGUUCGCGCAAGUUUUCCUCAUCGUAACAUGUGGUGCGGUGAUCGUGACAUUAAACUCCAAAUUGCUUGGUGGAAGCAUAUCGUUUUUCCAAAGCGUCUGCAUUCUGGGAUAUUGUUUACUGCCACCAGCUAUGGCGCUGAUUACUUGCAGGAUAUUAGCUGUAUCUCUGCAGCAUCACGAUACGGUUUUGUUUUUGCUCAGAAUCAUUUUCACUACAGUGGGAUUCCUGUGGGCUACUUUAGCAUCACUGGCCUUCUUGGGCGAUACACAACUUCCCAACAGGAAAGCCUUAGCCGUGUAUCCCAUUUUCCUGUUUUACCUAGUUAUCAGUUGGUUAAUCGUCUCGCAGACCGGGUGAAGGAUGCAGCAGUACAUAACGCGCUACACGUGAGAAAUUCCCCUUUGACCGACAUAUGGAUGUUCAUCGAAUGCGGGAGGGACGUGUAUGUCAAAUUUUAAUGUGUGAUGAUCAAAAUGAUGAUCUGCCGAAUGAGGCUGCGUAAGAACUACUUGAUGGCAUGCUUAAAUUAUUUGCUAACACUGACUGUACUUGUGUUGCGGAAGAGAUUUUAGAUGGAUUGUGUCCAUUUUGCGGUCAAUAAAUUCUUUAUGCAGACGUAA